GUCAGAAAUGGGGAGAGAGUGAGGAAGAAGCUGCAGCCAGGCUGCAGGCUGAUGCCUUGGGUUGGUUGAGGUCAGCCAGAGAGGAAGGGCAGCCUUUUUGCUGGAGAGGACUGUCAGCUGCCUUCUCUGCACAGCCACCAUCACAUGCCUUCCCACUGGAGCCUGGGAAGCCUGGCCACAGAUGGCAUCUCCAGGGCAUGAAUAAUUAGGUAGGCAUAAUGGAAGGCACUCACUGCACCCUCCAAUUACAUAUGCCCAUUACUGAACUCUGCUACAUCAGCUUCUAUCUUCCAAGGGGGGAAGCCAGAGGAUUUUCAUACAAGGGCACUGUAACUCUAGACAGAUCCAAUAAAGGUUUCCAGAACUGCUACCAAGUUCGGGAGGGACCAGACAUCUCCAGUCUCACCGAGCAUCCCAAUGAACAGAUAGGUGACAUAUUUUUCAAGCAGACUCCCACAAAAGACAUUCUCACUGAGCUGUAUAAACUCACAGCCGAGAAGGAGAGGCUGCUGGCCAGUCUGCUGAGCUCAGACCACAUCCUGGGCAUUUCUACGGGGAACCAGGAGGGGAAGCUGCCAGAGCUGCCUGGGAGCCUGGUCCCUGAGGACUGUUUGCAGAGUGACUGGCUUGGGGAGCUGCCUGUGAACUCCCUCAGUAAGAGAAGCAGCCACGGGAACAGAAAGCCCUGGAGAUCUGGCAGAAGGAGAGAGAGCUCAGCAGCGUUCCUGCAGAAGAUAAAGAGAAGAAAGGGUGGCAGCCGGGAACCGGCUCUUCAGAUGGGAAAGGACCAGAUCUGUCCCAGCAAUUCCUUUCCUCUUUCUCCAACAAAACCUAAUCUAUGGCUCCUAGAAGAAAGAGGAAACUGUCCCAAUGGAGUACUUACUCACUCCCUGCAGAGGAGAGAGAGCUGCCCUGCAGAUAUCCCACGGACACUGGGUACAGACCUUGGCUUUGGCAGCUUCGAGAGGGCCUCAGAGAACACUGAGCUUGGAAGAGAAGCACCUCCACUCGGCAGCAGGUCCACAGAGGCAGGAGACCAUCGUGCUCAAAGACAGCCAAGGAGCCCUGGUGAGCUGAAGCCUCAACAGACAAAUUUGCCUGACAUCCAGGAGGAAGGCAAGAAGUGUUCUGAGGCGGAGAGGUACAGGGCAGGGAAGUCCAAGUCAGUGGCGCGGACUUGCAGGAAGAAACCUGUUUCUAAAGUGGUAGCCAGGGUCCAGGAGCCCUCUACACGUGGGCAGAGUGUACUUAGGACCCAUCCUGAAGGUGAAGGACAGAUUGGCAUUUGCCCAGAGACUCAACAUCAGUUUAUAACCCAAGCAGACUUGCUCACAGAAGCUGAGGCUAGGGCUCAUGGUUCCAGCUGGCAGGGUGAGGAGAAGCAAGGGGACAGGUCAUCGCAGUCAUCAGUAGAAGAAAGAUCCUCUCUUUCUGCUUCUCCAGCCAGUGCUGAAGGAGCUGUGAACAAGGUACUCCUGAAGGUAAUAGAGAGUGAGAAGUUAGCUGAAGCCACAGAGGGGAAAAGGCUGGGCUUCCCCUUGGACACUAGGGCCACCCACAUCCUCUUGGAAGCCAGAAGCCAAAGGAGGGCUGGGCUGCCCCAGAAUGGCCUCAAAUCCUUGUUUCUGGAUCUGCCCCACCCUGUAGGUCUUGACUCCUCACAACCGAGAAGCGAUGAGAAGAAGCUCUCCCCUGCAGCACCAGCAGCGGCUCCUGGCAUGGUGUUUAAUAAUUCAUCCCCUCAGUCCAGCGUACACAAACGGCUGUCACCUGUUCCCUUGCCUCCCUCUCCAAGGCACCCCAGCCCUCAGCUUCAUCACAGGAUCCUCCGGCUUCCCCCAUUGCCCAGUGAAAGGGAACCUGCUUUUAAUGACUUUCUCUAUAGAAAGAGCAGUGUCUUUUCUGGGUGCCCCUCUGCUGCCACCUUGCAGCAAGCUUCGUCUGCAAAGGUCACGGAGACACAAGGAGCCUGCCUGACCUUCAGAGUGGAGCAACCUGGGUUGCUGCCUGAGGAACCCUCAGAAAAGAUCUUGGGGCUGGGGAAGACUACAGCUCAGCUGGAGCACCAGUUAUCUCCAGGUGAGUCCCUUCUUGGAAUAUUUAGACCUGUGCCUGGGUAACUGAAGAACUAUCAGUCUGCUGUGUUCUUCUGAAACUAGCUAAUCA